AUAAACAUCUAGCAUUAUAUAUAUUAGAUUAUUUUGAUAUAUCUUCCUAUUCUUCUUCAGGAACACGAUAUCGUUUAAUUAAUUGUUUAGUACAUAUUGUUACAUUAUUAAUUAAUCAUCCAGAUCUACAUAAAUAUCAAUAUAAAGGUAUUGCAUAUCGUGGUUUAUUAAUGAACGAAAAUGAUUUAAAAGAUUAUAUUAUUGGAAAACAUGUAUUAAAUCGAUCAUUUGUAUCAACAUCAAAAAAUCGUAAAACUGCUCAAGUAUUUGCUGAUAAUAGUCAACAAACUUUAACUCAAGUAUCUGUUUUAUUAAAAUAUACAAUUAAAUUAAAUCAAACAGCUAUUGAUAUUGAAGACAUAUCAACGAUACAAGAUGAAGAAGAAGUGUUAGUAUUACCAUUUUCAGUAUUUAAAAUUAAAAAUAGAAUUGAAAAUAAUCCAGAAAUGUGUCUACCAGUAUUAGUUGAAAUUGAUUUAGAAGAAUGUGAAGAUAAUGAACAAAUAAAUCAUGAAAACAAGAACAGUGAGUAA